AUUUCAACCGAUUCUUUGCAAUGAUUCGGUCAAAACAUUAGACUGCAUUUGGCGUCGGCAGAAAGUGUUGUUUACCAAUAUUAUUACCUAGAGAAAGAGAUAAAGGGUGUUUGUGAUCGGAAGGGCUGAAGAGCAGCAGUCAUGGACGGAGCUUGGGCUGUUAUUCUCAUAUCUCUGGCUAUGUUCGUGGGAUGUUUCGUGCUCGGGAUAAUUCCACUGUUGAUCAAUUUAUCAGAGCAGAAACUGCAGCUGAUUACUGUGCUGGGGGCGGGGCUUCUGUGUGGCACCGCCCUGUCAAUCAUCAUCCCAGAGGGGGUGGAGCUAGUGCAGGAGUCAUGGAAAGACUGGUAUUGCUCUGCUAUGGAAGAGAAUCAAAAUAUCUCUGAAUCAAAUUCAACACUUCAUCAAGCCGCAAAGAAAGGUCUGCGUCCUCACUUCUUCAUAGGAAUCUCUCUCGUCUUGGGCUUUACGCUCAUGUUUGUGGUGGACCAGAUUGCCAACUACUGCUCUAUGCACGAACCCCGAGCGCGCGUGUACAGUGGCAACAGUGUUACUGCCACCCUGGGUCUGCUUAUUCACGCCGCAGCUGAUGGCGUUGCUCUGGGUGCAGCUGCGGCCUCAUCACAGGUGUCCGUGCAGGUUGUUGUGUUUUUUGCAGUCAUUUUGCAUAAGGCUCCAGCAGCGUUUGGUCUUGUGUCUUUCCUCAUGCAUGCAGGUCUGGAGAGGAAGACUAUUCAGAAGCAUUUACUGGCAUUUUCUGCUGCUGCGCCGCUGAUGGCUAUCAGCACCUACUUCAUCCUGAGUGCAUCUAAUGGCUCUUCUCAGAACCGCCUGAGCGCUACAGGCAUUGGCAUGCUGUUCUCUGCUGGGACUUUCUUAUACGUGGCCACGGUUCAUGUUCUGCCUGAAAUCAACAGCAGAGGUCAUCAGCGCUCCACUCACCUCCACCCUCACGCAGGAACUGGAGCCUACCAGCAGCAGAGCGGUCUGAGCAUCACAGAGAGCCUGACUCUCAUCCUGGGGACUGGACUUCCUGUUCUGUUGGCCCUCGGACUGCCAGACGAUUAAUCUGUAAAAACCAUCCAACAGCCAAACGUGACAGUGACGUGUAAUAUUUCAUUUUCAAAUGUUUAUAUUUGUAUUAUGACUUCAGAAUGCUCUUUGAGAGUUUUAUGUUUUGUCAUGAUUAGUGUUAUGAAACUCCCCACAUUUUCUGUUUAACAAUUAGACAGCUUUAACUCAUUCAUUUUUUUAUUAGCCGAGAAACAACUACAAGCCUGUGGUGUUUUUAUGUGCAUUGUCAAAGACAAAAAAGAUUAUAUUUGAUAUUCUUAUAUCUAGAAUCAAAAUUUAUUUUGCCUUAAAAAAUAAAUUUUUAUCACCUCCAUAAAGUUGCAAAACUUAAGUGCAAUACAGUGAUCUUUUUCCAAGUAAAUGUAAAAUAUUGUUUAUUUUUUGAAGUUUUCUAUUAAACCGAGAAUGCCUUGUGUUGAUAUAAACCGAUGUUUAUUUUGAGAACUAAAUGCCGUGCAAUCUGACACAUGCAGACUGUGAUCUCUCUGGUACGUGACAAUCUAUUAAAAGCUGCUAUUUUGAGUGCA